GAGGCUUUCUUCUCUGCAAAAAAGGCCAGUCCGAGGUCUCUCUUAGUUCCCGCAUCGCCGGCCCUUGUAGCUCUGUGUCACUGAUGUCUGCCGCGUUUGGUUUCGACGGCCCUCACGCCACCUCCACCGCCAAGUCCAGCUCCACCUCCCUCCCUCGCCGCUCAGUGGCCCACCGGCAGCCUCACCGUCACCACCAAUCGUACGCUCGCCGCACCGUACGGACCCCUGCGGCAGCGGCCUCGCCUGACGCUCGGCCUGACGGUCCGCCCUCGCCCUCGCAGUCCCGUCCCGGCGCCGCCAUUCCCAGCAGCGAGGACGGCAAUGUCAGUCUGCAGGCGGCGGUGGCGCAGUGGCAGGCAGCAGGGCUCAGUGUGGGCAUCUUCAACCGCACUACCGGCCUCACAACCAACCUGCCUCCUGUGCCACCGACUCCACCUCCCCCCCUGCCGAUGGGCACCAUUCCCAGCGACUCGCCCAACCGCACCGUGUACCGCGUCAAGGCCAAGAGGGGGCUGGACGGCCGCCGCUACGAGGCCUGUCUGCACCAGGACGGCCGCUCCCUCCUCGACCCCCACGGUGACGUGAUCAUGUUGCCCGAGGAGGGCGAGCAGUCGGGGUGGAUGAACCUGGAGCUGGAGGGCGAGGACGAGGGGGGCCGGAUGGUGGACCCACAUGUUCAGCCUGUGGGACAUGUGAGGCACUCGCGACAUUCCUGGCGGUGAGCGAGGGAGGGAGAAAGGGAGGGAGGACGGGAGAAAGGGAGCAGGUCACACAGGCAUGUGUGUGUGUGUGUGUGUGUGUGUGUGUGUGUGCAGGCGUGUUGUUAGGCGCGAAGCCUGGUCUGUCGAGAAGCUGCUGUCGCUGAUGUUCAUGUGAUCGGCUGACCUUAUUUGCCUGCCUGCCUGCCUGCCAAGACAGACACACACACGCAAAGACACACACGCACAGAGAGAGAGAGAGAGAGAGCGUGUGCUGCAUGGCUUGGCUGGCUGGAUGGAUGGCGUGUGUGCGGUGUCGGUUCGUGUGCUAACGGUGUCUGUCGCCUUCUGUUGUGUGGCCCGUUCAUUUGUCGGUGGUCUCUCUCUGUGUGCCCACUGUGAUCUGUUUGCUGUGAUGGCCGGCUUGCGAAGAGAUAGCGGCCGUCUCGUCUGUGGACUGUGUGCUGCUGUCGUAUUACUCAGUGUGCUCUCAGGCACAUUGACACAGAUGUGUGUUUAUGUGUAAUGUAGAUAUGUCUGUCUGCACGUAACACGAAGUAAUCGACGUAAUUGCUGCCUUCACUGUGCUGUGUGUCGCCUGCCUGGAUGGAUGGAUGGAUGGAGGGCUUUCAUGUAAGGGUGUACUUAACGUUGUAAUGUUGAUAUGUCUGUCUGCACGUAACACGAAGUAAUCGACGUAAUUGCUGCCUUCACUGUGCUGUGUGUCGCCUGCCUGCCUGGAUGGAUGGAUGGAGGGCUUUCAUGUAAGGGUGUACUUAACGAUAUGUCUGUCUCUUCUUAACACGACAUAAUCGACGUAAUCGCUGCCCUCUACUUAACGGCUUGUGUGCGUGUGAGCGGGGGACUGACAGACAGCGGGAGAGACCAGCGGGCAGCAAACAGACUUGAAACAGACCUUGAGAGUGAUCCAAUGCAAUGC